AUGGGGCGUUUUAUUUCAGCGGGCUGCCGAAAUUUCCCUUCUACUGGUGCCCCCGACCGUCUAGGUAUCAUAAGGAAGAAUUUGUGGCGCGAGCUCAAGCAUCGCUAUAAUGUCACCGAGCUCGAGGUCCCCGAGCCUCAAGAGGAGGAUGCUCCCCCUUUGAAAAGCCGGAAGAGGAAAAGGGGAGCGAAGGAGGUCGGGGGGACCUCUGCCCCUCCGGACGCCAAGGAGGUGACCUCCACGGCUGCUGAUGCAAGUGCGGUGGACCUUACCGAGAGUCCACCGCCCAAGGAGGCUCCUCAAGUGGCUUUUGAAGAGGUGGUUCGGGCUGCCGAGGUGGCGAUUCUGGCCGCCGAGCAGGUCGCCCAGGCUGCCGAGGUGGCGGGAGAUGCCGCCGCGGCGGCGACGCAGGCUGCUGGGCGGGUUGCCCAGGCUGCCGAGGUGGCGGUUCCGGCCACCAAGCAGGUUGUUCUUGCUGCUGAGGCGAGGUCGGAGGUUCCUAUUGCAGAGGUUCCUAUUGCGGACCUUCCAAAUACCGAGCAGGAGACGCCGGCUUCCGCCUCUGUUGAGGCUCGUUUAGGGGGCCCUAAUCGUGAGGCUCCCCCGUCCACCGCUGCAGCUUCUGCGCCGCCGUCUGGCUCGUCACAGGGGGCUUCCCGGAGCUGA